UUUCAAAAACUGACCAUAACUACCGCGAUCAGCUGCGAGCUCAGCGAGACACCGCGUCCGCGAACAACCGGAACACGAGAAAAAAAAAACGCCGAACCAAUUGUGCUGCUGCAGCGAGAAGUUGAUUCAGAUUCGAUUCAGGUGGCCGCGUGAGAUACGGACGGGGUGUUGCAGUGCUUGUGACUUUGUUGAGGUGCUUUAGUGAAGCGGUUUUGCAGAGUUCAGUCGCUAAUAAUACUCAAAAAAUAGUAGCAGUGAUACAGCAUGAAAAUGGCAUCGAAGAUUGUUUUUGCCGCUUUCCUCAUCAUUACCAUGCUUGUGUGUGCCUUCGAUGCACUUCCUGUUCCCGAUCAUGCCAAAAUUCGUAUCCACGUGCCGAUCAAGCACCACACACAUCUGCACACGAAAACCGUGGUGAAAACGGUGCAUGUCGGCAUCCCGGUAAAGAACGUCAAGACGCACGACGAUGAGCAUGGCUGGGAGUAUGGCAAGAAGAAGAAGGGCGCCUCCAGCUACCUGUCCUACAUUUGAGCAGCAACAGGAUCACACGCAUAGCGUGCGUGAGUGUAUUUAGGCGUUUGGAACCAAAAAAUAGAAUUAUCAAUAAAUUAUAGGUACUAAUAUGUAA